AUGGGAGCAGAGGAGGUGGCUCCUGCCUUGGUGAGGGCUCUGAGGGUCCUUGCCUGAGGAGGCAGAGGAUCUGGGUGUGGGGCGGUGCUCUGGAAUGCAGCCCCCUUCACUGCUGCUGCUGCUGCUGCUGUGUCACUCAGUCGUCAAGACCAGAGUGCUUCGGUGUGGGGACUUCCCAGAACCCUGUGCCAACGGAGGCACCUGCCUGAGCCUAUCUCGGGGACAAGGGAGCUGCCAGUGUGCCCCUGGCUUCCUGGGUGAGACAUGCCAGUUUCCUGACCCCUGCCAGGAUGGCCAGCUCUGCCAGAAUGGGGGCAGCUGCCAAGCUCUGCUUCUCACCCUCCCAGGCUCCCCCAGCCUUCCCUCUCCCUUGGCCCCCAGCUUCUCCUGCACCUGCCCCUCUGGCUUCACUGGCCAGAGGUGCCAGGCCCCUGGAGAGGAAGGCUCCUCUGAUCUACCAGGAGGGAGGGGACUGGACAGGGCACAGGGGGCGGGGAUUGAACAGCGCCCUCUGUCCUCUGCCUCAGGUGAGCAGUGCCAGCUUCGGGACUUCUGCUCAGCCAAUCCCUGCGUCAAUGGAGGGGUGUGUCUGGCCACAUACCCCCAGAUCCAGUGCCGCUGCCCACCUGGCUUCGAGGGUCAUGCCUGCGAACAUGAUAUCAAUGAGUGUUUCCUGGACCCAGGGCCCUGCCCCAAAGGCACUUCCUGCCAUAACACCUUGGGAUCUUUCUGGUGUCACUGCCCCACUGGGCAGGAGGGUCCACGCUGUGAGCUCCAGCCAGGACCCUGCCCCCCUACGGGCUGUCCCAAUGGGGGCACCUGUCAGCUGGUUCCAGGGAGAGACUCCACCCUCCACCUCUGCCUCUGCCCCCAAGGUUUCAGAGGCCCGAGCUGUGAGGUGAAUCCAGAUGACUGUGCUGGGCACCAGUGUCAGAACGGGGGCACUUGCCUGGAUGGGCUGAGCACCUACACGUGCCUCUGCCCAGAAGCCUGGACAGGCUGGGAUUGCUCCGAAGAUGUGGAUGAAUGUGAGGCUCAGGGUCCCCCUCGCUGCCUAAAUGGGGGUACCUGCCAGAACUCAGCUGGCAGCUUCCAUUGUGUGUGUGUGAGCGGCUGGGGAGGCACAGGCUGUGAAGAGAACCUAGACGACUGUGUUGCUGCCACCUGUGCCCCGGGAUCCACCUGCAUCGAUCGUGUGGGCUCCUUCUCCUGCCUUUGCCCACCUGGCCGCACAGGACUCCUGUGCCACAUGGAGGACAUGUGCCUGAGCCAGCCAUGCCACGGGGAAGCCCAGUGCAGCACCAAUCCCCUGACAGGCUCUCCACUCUGCCUGUGUCAGCCUGGCUACUCGGGGCCCACCUGCCACCAGGACCUGGACGAGUGUCAGAUGGCCCAGCAAGGCCCCAGUCCCUGUGAACACGGCGGCUCUUGCCUCAACACCCCUGGCUCCUUUGACUGCCUCUGUCCCCCUGGCUACACGGGCUCCCGCUGCGAGGCUGAUCACAAUGAGUGCCUGUCCCAGCCCUGCCAUCUAGGCAGCACCUGCCUGGACCUGCUUGCCACCUUCCACUGCCUCUGCCCACCAGGCUUAGAAGGGCAGCUCUGUGAGGUGGAGACAGACGACUGUGCCUCUGCUCCUUGCCUGAACCAGGCUGACUGCCAGGACCUCCUCAACGGCUUCCUGUGUGUCUGCCUGCCUGGAUUCACUGGCUCCCGGUGUCAGGAGGACAUCGAUGAGUGUGGAAGCUCCCCCUGUGGCAACGGUGGGCAGUGCCAGGACCAGCCUGGAUCAUUCCACUGUGAGUGUCUUCCAGGCUUUGAAGGCCCUCGCUGUCAGGCCGAGGUGGAUGAGUGUCUGAGUGGCCCAUGCCCCACUGGAGCAAGCUGCCUGGAUCUCCGAGCCUUCUUUUGCCUCUGCCCCUCUGGCUUCACAGGUCAUCUCUGUGAGGUUCCCCUGUGUGCCCCCAACCUGUGCCAGCCCAAGCAAAAAUGCCAAGAUCAGGAAAACAAGGCCCACUGCCUCUGCCCUGACGGAAGCCCUGGCUGUGCCCCCGUUGAGGACAACUGCACCUGCCACCACAGACACUGCCAGAGAUCCUCAUGUGUGUGUGAUGUGGGAUGGACAGGACCAGAAUGUGAAGCAGAGCUAGGGGGCUGCAUCUCCACGCCCUGUGUGCAUGGGGGGACCUGCCACCCCCAGCCCUCGGGCUACAACUGUGCCUGCCCCACAGGCUACACAGGCCCCACCUGCAGCGAGGAGCUAACGGCUUGUCACUCAGGGCCCUGUCUCAACGGUGGCUCCUGUAGCCCCAGCCCUGGGGGCUAUUCCUGCACCUGCCCUUGGAGCCACACUGGGCCCCGCUGCCAGACAAGCACUGACCACUGUGCCUCUGCCCCGUGCCUCAAUGGGGGUACCUGUGUGAACAGGCCUGGCACCUCCUCCUGCCUCUGUGCUGCGGGUUUCCAAAGCCCACGCUGUGAGGGAAGGACCCGUCCUAGCUGUGCAGACAACCCCUGUAGGAACAGGGCAACCUGCCAAGAUGGCCCUCAGGGUCCCCACUGCCUCUGCCCCCCUGGCUACACAGGAGACAGCUGCCAGACUCUGGUGGACAUCUGUGCCCAGAAGCCCUGUCCACACAAUUCCCACUGCACCCAGACUGGGCCCUCCUUCCAGUGCCUGUGCCUCCAGGGAUGGACCGGGCCUCUCUGCAACCUUCCGCUGUCCUCCUGCCAGAAGGCCGCUUUGAGCCAAGGCACAGAAGUUUCUUCCCUGUGCCAGAAUGGAGGUCUCUGCAUCGACAGUGGCUCCUCCUAUUUCUGCCACUGCCCCCCUGGAUUCCAAGGCAGCGUAUGUCAGGACAGGGUGAACCCAUGUGACUCCAGGCCCUGCCAACAUGGGGCCACGUGCAUGGCCCAGCCCACUGGGUAUCUCUGCCAGUGUGCCCCAGGCUACAAUGGACAGAACUGCUCAAAGGAAUCCAACGCUUGUCAAUCCCAGCCCUGUCACAACCAUGGGACCUGCACCCCCAAACCUGGAGGCUUCUACUGCACCUGCCCUCCAGGUUUUGUGAGGCUGCGCUGUGAAGGGGACGUAGAUGAGUGUCUGGACCAGCCCUGCCACCCCCCAGGCACUGCAGCCUGCCACUCUCUGGCCAAUGCCUUCUACUGCCAAUGUCUGCCUGGAUACACGGGCCAGUGGUGUGAAGUGGAGACAGACCCUUGCCAGAGCCAGCCCUGCUCCAACGGAGGGUCUUGUGAGACAACAGCAGGACCACCCCUGGGUUUCACCUGCCACUGCCUCCAGGGUUUUGAGGGCCCCACCUGUAACCACAGAGCCCCCUCCUGUGGCCACCACCACUGCCACCAUGGUGGCCUGUGUCUGCCCUCCCCCAAGCCUGGCUUCCCACCCCGCUGUGCCUGCCUCAAUGGCUACGGGGGCCCUGACUGUCUGACCCCACCUGCUCCUCAUGGCUGUGGCCCUCCUUCUCCAUGCCUACACAAUGGCAGUUGCUCAGAGAUCCCUGGGCUGGGGUCCCAAGCCUUCUGAUGCUCUUGCCCUCCCAGCUCUCCAGGGCCCCGGUGUCAGAGGCCUGGAGCAAAGGGAUGUGAGGGCAGAGGUGGAGAUGGGGUCUGUGAUGCUGGCUGCAGCGGCCCUGGAGGAAAUUGGGAUGGGGGAGACUGCUCCCUGGGGGUCCCGGACCCCUGGAAGGGCUGUCCUUCCCACUCCCGGUGUUGGCUUCUCUUUCGGGAUGGGCAGUGCCACCCACAGUGUGACUCUGCAGAGUGUCUGUUUGAUGGCUACGACUGUGAGACUCCUCCAGCCUGCACGUGAGCCUAAAACCCUGACUUCAGGUUGGGGGUGGGGAGGCCUCUAAGUUACAGUGUGACCACAGCCUCAGGCUCCAGGCAGUUUCCACCCUUGAUAACCAUUGCCAAGUAGGGGUGGAAGACACUAGGCUCCAGCCCAGGGGAAUAGGGCAGCAUCAAUAUUUAACAUGGGGACCAGGAAGGAGGGCACUGCCUCUGUCUGGGCUCCUAAGAGUUCUGAGAGCUCUGGCCUCAAGCCUCUCUAAGACCUGUUGCCAUGGAGUAUCUCCCCUAACAACCAGCACUCCUGAGGGAAAAGGUCUUUGGACUCUCCUUCAGGGAGACAGGAGAGCUUGGGAGGGUAGGGAGAAGGGACAGUCUUAGGAAACAAGGGUGUCAUAGACAUUAGAGUGUCUCAACUACCUACCACCCAGGGCCUGACUAAGCCCAUUGCUCUGGAGCUGUAUCCACUUAGCAACCUGUGCCCUAGAGGCAGUGGAAUAUCAGGCAUCUCUCUGGAAUGAAGAAGGGGGUCAAGUUUCU